GCAAUCUUGUCUUCAAUUGCUGGUCUUAGAACACCAUGGCGGACGAGAACAUAUAUGACGAGAUCGAAAUCGAGGACAUGACAUUCGACGAGACUUUACAGAUAUACCACUACCCAUGUCCCUGCGGCGACCGCUUCGAAAUCAACAUUGAUGAUCUUCGCGAUGGGGAAGAGAUCGCAGUGUGCCCGAGUUGUAGCCUGCAGAUCCGCGUCAUCUUCGACCUCGAGGAUUUACCAAAGCCAGAUGGUGGCGAGCAGCAGAAGCCGCAGACUGCUCCUCAGCAGGUUGCAGCGGCGGCUUGAACGGAGCUCCGCGUCAUUGGGAAGAUACGAAGAGAUAAUGCACAUGCGAGGAGGAAGCCGACCUGUGCAUGCCGACCUAUGCUAGACAGAGCGCUGAGGCACAUGCUUUGCUAGCAGGGGAAGAGCCAGACCCGGAGAAGUCGUACACAUCAAACACCAGCGAUU